AUGUUUCGCAAUGGCGUCCGGAGAUUUUCUACUACCACGUUUCGGGGAAUGGAGAACCUGGUAGCACAAGCCGCGACGCGGAACCCAUAUGGAAUCAGCGUCUCCAAAGCGCAAGGGGUGGUGAAGGGGCUGACUGGAGCAAUCGGGAACACACCUCUCAUCCGCCUCAAUCGGCUCUCAGAAGAAACCGGGUGCAACAUUCUCGGGAAGGCGGAAUUCCAAAACCCAGGAGGCAGUGUCAAGGACCGCGCCGCGUUAUACGUUGUCAAGGAUGCAGAGGAGCGUGGCCUGCUACGGCCUGGCGGCACCGUCGUUGAAGGCACGGCAGGAAACACGGGCAUCGGCCUCGCGCACGUCUGCCGCUCCAAGGGGUACAAGUUGGUGAUCUACAUGCCCAACACUCAAUCGCAAGGCAAGAUCGAUCUACUCAGACUGCUUGGGGCGGAGGUAUAUCCGGUCCCUGCCGUUGCGUUCGAGAAUCCCCAAAAUUACAAUCACCAAGCGAGACGACACGCCGAAUCCCUCGAGAAUGCCGUGUGGACGAAUCAAUUUGACAACACCGCUAAUCGCCGGGCACACAUUGAAACUACCGGCCCCGAAAUUUGGGCACAGACAGAGGGUAAAGUCGACGCUUUCACUUGCGCCACAGGAACCGGCGGUACGCUUGCCGGCGUGACGAGAUACCUAAAAGAAGUGAGCGAUGGUCGAGUGAAAUGUUUCCUCGCCGAUCCUCCCGGUUCCGUUCUUUUCAAGUACAUUUCCAGCGGUGGACAGCUUAUAGAGAGAGGAGGAAGCAGUAUCACCGAGGGUAUCGGCCAAGGCCGAGUCACCGACAACCUUCAGCCAGACGUUGAGCUCCUAGAUGGCGCCCUACAAAUUGUUGAUGAAAAGAGCAUUGAAAUGGUGUACCGCUGUCUGGACGAGGAAGGCCUCUACAUCGGUGCCAGUUCGGCUCUAAAUGUAGUUGCUGCUAAAGAAGUCGCUGAAAAGUUGGGCAAAGGACAUACCGUCGUUACGAUGAUUUGUGACGGUGCUUAUAGAUAUGCGGAUCGGUUGUUUUCUGAUACAUGGUUGAAGAGCAAGAACCUUCGAGAUUCGAUACCCAAGCAUCUUGAAAAGUACAUUGUAUUGCCAUGA